AUGAGACUCUCCCUUCGACCGGCCUCAGCCUCAUCGCGCUUCAUCAAUCACGCCGUCCCUCACCCGCCCUCCUCGUCGCGACUCAUCAACACCAUGUCUUCCUCUCCUUCACCCUCACCCCCAUCAUCACGGACUUACACCGACGCCCUCAACCUCCUAAACACCCUCAUCCCAAACCUCAAAGUCCACGCUCUCUUCAACAAACCCAAAGAUGCCACCACCACCGCCACCACCACAACCACCGUCAACCCAGGCCCGAACCCGACCCCGGCCCCCCCUCCGGCCCCUUCGGACCCAAACCUCCUCGCCAUUCCCGAAAUGUCCGCCUGGCUCCUCCGCGCAAACCUAACCCCGCAACGCCUCUCCGCCCUCUCCUACAUCCACAUCGCCGGCACAAAAGGCAAAGGCUCCGUCACGGCCCUAACCACCUCGGCCCUCAUCCACCACCACCAUGCAGCUACUGCUACCGCUGCCGCUUCCCCGUCGUCCGCGACAGCCGGCCGCGUAGGCACCUACACCUCCCCCCACCUCGUCUCCCCGCGCGAGCGCAUCGCCAUCGACGGCGAGCCCGUAUCCCAACCCCUCUUCGCCGCCUCCUUCUUCGAGCUCUGGGACCUCUUAUCCGCCGCCCCAGCCGACGCCGCAGGCGCAGAUCUCGGCAUCGAAGCCGGCGCGAAGCCCUUUUACUUUCGCUUCCUGACCCUCCUCGCCCUGCACAUCUUUCUCCGACAAGGCGUCCGCACCGCCGUCAUCGAAUGCGGCAUCGGCGGCGAAUACGACGCCACAAACGCCAUCCCGCCCGCCGCCGUCACGGCCUCCGUCAUCACCCAGCUCGGCAUCGACCACGUCGCCAUGCUGGGCGCCACGGCCGCCCAGAUCGCCUGGCACAAAGCCGGCGUCAUGAAACCCGGCGUCGCGACCUGGACGAGGAAGCUGGACGACACCGCCGAGCAACGGGCGCGGCACCCGGGCGUGAUGGAGAUCCUCCGCGCUCGCGCCGCGGAUAUUGGCGCGGACCUGAUCGAGGUACCCGACGACGACGUCCUCGCGUGGUCCGGCGUGGGCCCGGGGGCCAAGUUACCGGGAGGAGACUUCCAAAAGAGGAACCAGGCGCUCGCGGCCCUCGCUGCGCGGCGUCACCUCCAGGUCCUCGAGAGUCGUCGGUGGGACUCGACGAGGGCAAAGACGCCAGAGGUGAACCGCUCGCUCGCCGACCUUCCCGAGACAAUCAUUGCCGGGCUGCGCGAAGCCACCCUCCGAGGCCGGCACGAGGUCAUUGAGCAGGGCGCCGUGUCGUGGUACCUCGACGGCGCGCACAACGCAGAUAGCCUGGCGGAGGUGGCGCGCUGGAUAUCUCCCAUCGUCGUCGCCGCCGCCGAAAGCAGCCCGGAUGCAAAAUUCGUGCUCGUCUUCAACCAGCAGGAGCGGGACGCUUCAGCGCUCCUCGUGGAGUUCCUUCGGCAGAUGGAGGGUUUGGGCGUCGACCUCGAGUCGAAGCUGAUAGCCGCCAUCUUCACUAGGAACGAUAAGACCAAUAUCGCAGCCAAGGGAGAGGAUCUGGAUCUGGUUGUACAGGAAAAGUGCGCAGAGGCGUUCAAGGCGAUGUGCCCUGCUACAAAAGUCGUGGUAUGCAGCAACCUGACCGAGAUGAAGGGCGCCGUCGACGCCAUCGCACAACAGCCUUCUCGGACAAAGAUCCUCGUGACGGGGAGCAUGUACCUUGUCGGGAACGUCAUCGGCCUGUUGGAGCCGGAAGGUCUAUUAUAA